GGAUGUUUUACAAUCGGCGCACUUCCGGGUAGCUAAGCUAACGUUAGCGGUCUUGUCAAACCUAAAUAAGCUGGGACAAUGACGGCGCUAUAGUAGUUGUCUGAGCAUUCUGAAAAUGAGGACCAUAAUAUUAGUUACUUUUCUGGCUCCUUGCUGGGUUAACUGUGCCAUUAACCCAAGAGUUACCAGAGACGAUAGUCACGAUGGAAACCCGGAGUUCGAUGAUCUUAGCUCGGUCCUGUCAGACUAUGAGGUUCUGCCACUGUCGGGCCUCCAGCUUCACUCUGUCAGAAAAAGGGACGUCCACACCCAGUCCCACCUGGAGCGCCUGGUGAGCUUCAGAGCCCUGCACAGGAAUUUUAAGCUUUACUUGACCACCAACACAGACAUUUUCACCAACAACUUCCAAGCUGUGUUUCUUGACAAACACGGGAGGGAGGAGAACUUUGACGUACAGCUUCAGAACUAUUUCACAGGACAUGUGGUUGGAGAGGAGAAUUCUCGUGUGCAGGCACACAUAGACGGAGAUGAGUUUUCUGCUCAUAUUCUGACCGACGAGGCAGAAUACAAUGUAGAGCCCCUAUGGAGGUUUGUUGAUUCCCCAACGGAUGGCAGGUUGCUGGUUUAUCGCUCUGAUGAUAUCAAGAAUCUGAGUCGCAUCACCUCCCCAAAAAUGUGUGGUUACAUCCAUGCGGAGGACAUGCCCCAGGCUGCCAGCAGGGAUUUGGGUGGGCAGGAGGUGGAGGAGAAAAUAGAGUACCACCACAGAGAGAAAAGAUAUGCCCACGAUCACAAGAAGAAUACUUGCCCUCUGCUGCUGGUUGCAGAUUACCGCUUCUUUAGACACAUGGGCCGCGGACAAGAAAGCGUCACUCUCAACUACCUGAUUGAGCUGAUUGAUCGAGUUGAUGACAUUUAUAGAAACACAACAUGGGAUGAUGAGUUUAAAGGCUAUGGGGUCCAGAUCAAUCAGAUCAUCAUCAACAAGGAGCCUACACAGCCCCCCCCUGGCUUUACUGCCGACAACUGGGUCCACUAUAACAUGGAGGACAGCCCCAUUCAUGAAAAAGAAGCGUGGGACGCGAAAAGACUUCUGGAGCAAUUCAGCUCGGACAUAGCUGGCAACGCCUCUACUGUGUGUCUGGCUCACCUAUUCACCUACCAGGAUUUUGCUGAGGGCACACUGGGACUUGCCUAUGUGGCCCCCACCAAAGCUCAGGCCCUGGGCGGCCUCUGCCCUAAACCCUACUACCCACACCACUCUGUCAAGAAUCCCAGUUACCUUAACACAGGCUUGACCAGCACCAAGAACUAUGGCAAAACCAUCCUCACAAAGGAAGCAGAUUUGGUGACCACACACGAGCUGGGACACAACUUUGGAGCAGAGCACGACCCAGACAACAUCCCCUACUGUGCUCCCAGCGAUGACCAAGGGGGCAAAUUUGUCAUGUACCCUAUCGCUGUGAGCGGAGACCAUGUCAACAACAAGCGUUUCUCCAACUGCAGCAAGAUUUCCGUAGGAAAGACCCUACGUUUCAAGGCUCCAAUGUGCUUCAAAGAGAGGAACAGCAAGGUAUGCGGGAACUCUAGAGUGGAGGAAGGGGAGGAGUGUGACCCCGGGCUACUCCACCUAAAGGAUGACCUCUGCUGCUCAUCCACCUGCAAGUUUAAACACAGUGCACAGUGCAGCGACAGAAACAGCCCUUGUUGUAGAAAUUGCAAGUUUGAGCAGGCAGAGGUGACGUGUCAGGAGCCCAUAAGCGCGACAUGUAAAGACACAUCGUCCUGCACAGGCAACAGCAGUGAUUGUCCACCUCCUGCAAACGCGGAGGACGGAACCGUGUGUGUCGACAAUGGCCGCUGUCGCAAAGGAGAGUGCAACCCUUUCUGUGAGGCUAUGCAGAACCUUCAGUCCUGUGCCUGCAAUGAAACCGAGCACUCCUGUAAAGUGUGCUGCAGGGGGAAGGACGGUAUCUGCGCUCCCUUCGUCCAGACCAAUGGCAGUUUCCUUUUCCUUCGCAAGGGAAAACCGUGCACCGUGGGAUUCUGUGAUGAGAGUGGAAAGUGCAUGAAGCAGGUGCAGGAUGCCAUCGAGAGGUUGUGGGAUUUUAUUGACAAGCUGGACAUCAACACGUUUGGAAAAUUCCUGGCUGACAACAUAGUGGGCUCAGUGGUGGUGUUUUCUCUCGUCUUCUGGAUUCCACUGAGUAUCCUGGUUCACUGUGUGGACAAACGACUCGACCAGCAGUACGAGGAGAAUACAAAGUCCUACUACCCUCCAAAUCAGAUGGUGGAGGUCUGUAGUAGAGCUCCCCCUAUAGAGUCAAGAAAUGCUGAGCAACCUCGAGUCGGCGUCCGUGCACAUCGUCAAGCAUCCUCAGCAUCCCUCCUCCUUCGGCGGCCGGACCGCGCCCUCCUCCCUGCCCCAGCAGCCUCAUCAGGUAAGCCAAGUGGCGGCCCCUCCCGCGGCCAGCUGCAGUAUCCCGGCCCCAGGGCCGAGUUGCGGCCCCACCCCGGACAGCGCAGGGGGGCUGCGGAUGGCCACCAUCCAGGAGGACACCAGCAGCGACUCUCACCCGGGAGAGGAGGGGGCAACGGAAGAUUUCACAACCGCAGGAGCCUGCUCGUCGGCUACGAAAUCCUCCUACGAGGAUCUGACAGAGCAGAGCCAGCCGGUCAGGGAGCGGUGGCGCCUCCAGAGGCAGGACUGCAUUGACACUAAAGAGACUGAGUGCUGAGUAAAUAAACAACACUGUUUUGUGCUAAAGCAACGACAAUUAAACACAACCUGAUGAGUGGUUUAGGGAACAUGCAGGUCAAUGCAGCGCUAAUAGGCUUUUUGUUUUUCCUCAUCACACAUCAUAGACGCAGGUUUUCUUUAGGUCAGACUUGGUGUUUAACGGAGCAAAGGAUAAGAUUUCAGACACUGGAUAUUCCUCAGUCUUAGUCAAUCACUGUACAAAUAAUGCACGAGUCGUCCCCAAUCACAGACUGCAUUAAAAGCAGUUAUUGGAUGACUAAAUGUUUUUGUGUGCCUGUGUAAAAUAAUGAUGUGCCUUUUUCAGUUAACCACAUGAUGAUGAUGAUGAUAAUGAUAUCCUCGACCAGAGGAAGGUCUGAGAAGGUUUUUGGGGAAAAAUCCACACUGGGCUGGUUCCUUGACUACAUCACAUAACUAGUUUAAUUGUGUUUGUGUCAUAUAACCCAUUGGCUAAGUGAGUUUCUGAAAAGUUGUUGUUUUUUUUUUAUUCCCCAAAGAUCAAAAACGAUCAAACUGAUAACACUGAUCAACCCGCUUUCACUAGUGUGGUGUUUAAGGCCACGUCCAUACAGAAACGUGAACGGUCUUUUUCUUUGCCGUUUUCAAAAAGGUUCCCCCGUGAAGACGGCACACAAAACGACUCAAAACGAGUGAGAUCCAGUUGUGGAUGUUCAGUGCAGCAGACUGUGUUUAAAACUAGUUUGUUUUCCCCUCUCUUCAUUUUACAAUUCACCACCGUCCGUGUGUCAGGCUGACUUUAGUUACUUUUGAU